AUGUCUAAGACUACUUAUAAAAUCUAUGUUGGAAACCUUCCUCCAGACACUAAGGCUCGUGAUGUUGAGAACCUCUUCUCAAAAUAUGGGCCGAUUGCAGCUGUCGACCUAAAGGCUGGACAAAGACGUGGUCCACCAUUUGCAUUUGUUGAAUUCGAGGAUGAACUCGAUGCGUCAGAUGCAGUUCGUGGACGAGAUGGAUACAACUUUGACGGAUAUGCAUUGCGAGUAGAACUGCCACGCACAACAGGUUACAACAACGGGGGCGGUCAAAACUACAACCAAUUUCGUAGAGGAGGCUUUAAUCGGGGUGGUGGCAGCGGACCUUCUCGACGGUCAGAUUUCCGAGUGAUUGUGACAGGUUUGCCGCCUACUGGAAGUUGGCAGGAUCUCAAGGAUCACAUGCGCGAAGCUGGUGAUGUUGGCUAUGCAGACGUGUUCCGCGACGGCACUGGUGUCGUUGAAUUUCUAAGAUACGAAGAUAUGAAAUAUGCAAUUAAACGUCUUGACGACUCUAAGUUCCGUUCUCACGAGGGUGAAUCUUCAUACAUCCGCGUUCGCGAAGAAAGACCUGGUGGGUCGCGUUCUAGAUCACGUUCCUUUGAUUCACCACGCAGGGGUCGUUCCUACGAUUCCUGUUCCAGAUCAAUAAGCCCUCGACGCUGA